AUGACAACAAUUACAGACAAUGAAAGUAAAGACAUAGACCGGCAAAUUCAACAAAAUGAUGACAGAUUCACAGUUGUAAAGGAAGUCAUCAAUAUAGAGAAGUUCAGCAGUUAUCCGAAACUGCUUCGUAUAAUGUCUUACGUUUUGCGCUUUAUAACGAAUUGCAGGACACUUUCAGAAAACAGGAAAUACCAACAGUUAGAGGUAGCCGAGAUUCAAAAUGCUUCACUUGUGUUGAUACGGAAUGUACAGCAAACUAUUUUCAUGAAUGAAAUCCGUAAUAUUGUUUCAAAGGAUACUAAUCGACUACCUAUUGUACGACAGUUACGAUUAUAUAUCGACGAAAAAGGACUACUACGUUCCGGCGGAAGAAUUGACAAUGCGCUCGUUAACGAAACAGUGAAAUACCCUUAUUUACUUCCGACAAAACACCCGUUGACAACAUUGAUAAUUUUGGACGCACACAAACUACAAAAUCACAGUGGAAUAAAUGGGACAAUAACGUUAAUUCAACAGACAUAUUGGAUACCGAAAAUCCGACAUAGAGUGAAAACCGCAUUACGGAAUUGUAUUCCCUGUAGGAAGCUAAUUAGUCGACCGUAUGUGGCGCCUGACCCACCACCGCUACCAAAGGAUCGUCCUGGAGAAGACCCGCCAUUCAGCGUCACGGGAGUUGAUUUAACAGGAGCGUUACAUGUACGACAAAAUGGCAACAAGGAAACAAAAGCGUACAUAUAUCUAUUUACGUGUGCUUCAACCAGAGCUGUUCACAUCGAGUUAGUUCAGGAUUUAACGACAUAUUCAUUUUUAUUAGCUUUUCGCAGAUUUGUUAGCCGUCGAUCUUUACCGAAAAUAAUGAUAUCUGACAAUGCUUCUACGUAUAUAUCUGCAGCGACAGAGAUUGCUAAAAUAUUCAAAUCAGAAACAGUGCACGGAAAACUUAGUGAGUUAGGAACAGUGUGGAAGUUUAUACCCAGCAGGGCUCCUUGGUACGGAGGAUGGUGGGAGCGACUUAUUGGACUUACCAAAACCUCCCUCAAGAAAACAUUAGGACGUGCCUGUAUCGACUUAGAUAUGCUACACACCGUUGUUACAGAAAUCGAGUGCACACUGAAUGACCGACCGUUAACAUACAUCUCUACUGAUGAAAAGGAUCCAGAACCACUAACGCCGUCUCAUCUUAUGUAUGGCAGAAGAUUAAAGACACUUCCGCAUCCUUCAAAUGAUCACAGCGAAUUCAAAGACACUAGAAAAACACUAACUUGCGCUCAUGCGCUAAAACAUAAAAAAACAACAGCAAGAAUUACUACAACACUUUCGGACGAGAUGGAAGAAGGAGUACCUUACAUCACUACGGGAAUUCCACAGAGCCAGUGGAAAUAA